AUGUCAUUAUCUGAAUAUAUUUAAAUGAUAACUGCUGGAUAAGAUUGCUUAAUGAAAGUUUAUAAUAUUCAAAGUAACGGAAAAUUAGUAUUUUCUCAUGAUAUAAAUUGUGAUGAUGCCUAUGCUUUAGCUAUAUCAUAAUAAACCGGAGAAAUUUAUUUAUCAUAUUAUGAAAGCAAAAACAUUUUAUGUUCAUAAAAAUUGGAAAAUGAAGAAUCUUAGUUUUAGGGUCUUCAAGUUUGUAACUUCGCAGGCCCUGUAUACUCUUUAACAAUAAACGAAUCAGGAGAGUAUUUAUCAAUAGCAGGUUAAGAAAACAAAGGGUAUAUAAUGAAUAUAUAAAAUGGUGCAAAUAUUCUUAAAUAGCUUCCUAAUUCUCAUAAAGGCAGUGUUUUAUAUACAACAGUUGAUAAUGAGGGAAAUUAUGCAGUUUCAAUUGGUUGUGAUGGAUAUGCCCAUAUAUAUAAUAUAAAAGAAGAAGAAAUACAAAUGGAAGAAAGUGCAAAAGUAUCAUAUGAAAUGACAACAGAGAAAGAGUUUGUAAUGAAAUGCGAAUUUAAUAAGAAAUAAUAAUUGGCAGUAGGUGGAAAUUGUUCACUCUAAAUAAUUGAAAAAAACGAAGAUGGUAAAUGGAUAACAAAAAGAUAUUCUAAUAUAAAUCAUUAGAGAGAAACUAUUGUAAAUAAUCAUAUCCCUGCUGAAAGUUAAGUUCAAAAAAUAUUGAGAGACGAAGAAGAAAUGGAAGAAAAAGUUGAUGAAGAAGAAAAGAAAAAAACAAAGAAAAAAAAAGCCGAAUAAUUAUAAGAAAUAGUAUACUCAUCUUUUAUUUAAAAAUAAUUAAAUAGAACUUGCCUUUGUUGGAAUUUAAUAGGAUAAAUAGUAUUAAGAGAAGAUAAUAAUAAUCUUUUUAUUGAAAUUGAAUUCGAAGAUAAAACUUUUCAUUAGAAAAUUUGGUUUAAAAAUUUACAUAAUUAUUCUAUUUCUACAAUGAAUAAAUAAGGCGCAUUUUUUGCUUCUAAAGCUAUUAAUAAUAACCCUGAAUUAAAUUAUAAUGAUUAAUAAUUGGAAAAUUUCGAAUUCGAUUAAGAUGCCUAUGAUUAUUCAUUUGUUGAUUGUAUUUGUUUAGGCGAAGGAUGGUGCGCAUUAUCAUCAGAUCUUUAGUUUAUUAGAGUUUAUGAUAUAUUUGGUAUUUAAAUAAAGGUGUUUUCAUUCUCUACACCUAUUGUAUGUAUAUCUGGAUAUAAAAACUAUUUAUGUUAUAUUUGUUUGAAAUAAAAACCUAUUUUAGGUUGUUAAUAAUUAGAAAUGGAAAUUAUUGAUAUUAAUACUUUUUCGAAAAUAUUAAGUGCGCCAGUUCCUUUAACCCCUUUUUCAACUAUAAAAUGGUUCGGAUUUUCUGAAGAGGGGCUUAUCUUUUGUAAAGAUUCGAAAGGAGUUAUUAGAGCUUUUUUAGGGUUUAAUUAAUGGGUCCCUGUUUAUGAAGAUUAGGGAAAUAUUAAUUUAUGGGUUAAAGGAAUGAUUGAUUAUAAAAUUAUUGGCUUCAAAUUAUAAAAAGAUGAUUUAGAACCAAGAAUUAUUAAUGGAUUUUAGAAUGAAAAAAGUCAAGAAAUUUAAGUUUUUUUAUGUGAUUAUUUAAUUGAUAAUAGUGAAAUUCAUAUUUUGAGAUAAAAAUAGCUUAUUUUAGAACAUUAAAGAUAUAGAGUUAAACAUUUUAAUGAAAACUUAUAAAAUUAAAUUUAAUAAAUUUCUAAAGAAAUCGAUAUUUUAGUUAUAAAAAUAUUCAAAAAUUGUCUUUUACACUAAGAAAAACAUUAUUAAAGAGCUUUUUCUAUUUUAAAAAAUAAUCUCAUUGAUCCAAUUUAUAUUGAUAGUUGUAUUUAAAUUUCUUAAAUUGCAAAUGUAAAAGAGCUUAUAUAAAUGCUUGAGAAUUUAAGACAAGACUUAUAUAAUAAUAAAAAUAAUAAAAUUUAAAAACCAAAUAAUGAAAGUUAUUAAAUUUAUGAAAAUAAUAACAAUGAAGACAAAAAGAAAAAGAAAAAUCAACUUUUAUUAAAAAAUGAUUGCAUUGAAAAUGAUGAAAAUAGCCUACAAAAAAUCAGUGUUAAUAUUGAUAAUCUAAAAUCUAUAGAUGAAGAGAAUAAUCCUAAACAAUAGAAUAAUUAAUAAUAACAAUAAAAAAAAUAAAUUAACCCAUUUUAGAAAAACAAUGAAGUAAAAAGAGCUGACUCUAUUAUAGAUGAGUUAAAACAAUAAAAUAAUAAUAAAAGAAAAAAUGAAGUUUAACAAUAAAAAGCCGAAAAAAAGAUAAAAUAUUGA